GAAGCUUGGUGUCUGGUAUUCCAAGUGGCGUGUUCCAAGACAUCAAUCCUCGGGUGUUCAUCAAUGUGAUCUCAAAUCCAACAUUUGUUGAGAAUAUUGGAACAGCGUCACAGCCCAUACAAACUAUAUGUGUUCUGCAGGUGUUGCGGAAUGUGGAAGACCCUGUACAAACAGUGAAGAACAUUCCAUCUGUUCUGGCCAAAGAGGUCCCCCCUGUCCUGUUAACCUCAAACUUAAGCCUCAGUGACGUCAACGACAAGCAAUGGGUUCCCAGUCAGGCUGCAGUGUUCUUUGAAAAUGUGGUCAGAAACAGCAAUAAUUUUAAAGAAUUCUCACCUUCUGUCCUUCAAGGCUUCAGUUGUGGUGCAGUUAAGGAGCUGAAUUUUACAGCGUUUCUCCAGCUUGUUCAAGCAAUGAAGGGGAAAGGGGCCAAGUUUGAUGAAAGUCAGCUGAGGUGCAUGUCUGCAAGAAUAACUUCGAACAGAACCACACCAGCCGUAGAGACUCUCCCUGUGGAUGUUCUCCUAUUCUUCAACUCUGCACAGUUCAGGAGUUCCUCCAACUGCAAAACAUUCUUCAAAUUAAUUGGGAAAUCAAACAUUGACAUCUUGAGAAAAGAAUCAAGGAGACGACGGAACCUGUUGUAUGAUGCCAGGACCUGUUUGAGAAUUUCUGGCAGGAAUCUGACGAAGGAGAGUGUGACAAUCCUGGGUAAAUUGGUGUGUGACCUCGAGGGAUCCAUCAUCGCUGAAUCUGAUUUUUCCAUCUUGGACGCAUUGAAAACAUGUCGGUCAUACAGAGAGGAUCAGAAGAGAGCCAUUGAAAGUCGCCUUAAGAAUGGAGCCAGCAGAUAUGGUGUUCCUUCAUCAUGGUCAUCAUCGACAAUCCAAGAUCUCGGAAAUCUUCCUUUGACAUUGACUGACACAUGGACUCUAGUUAACAGGGUUGUCCUUCUUGAAGCUCUUCCAAGAUUUAUAAAGAAAGCGAAACGUUCGAGACCUCCUUAUGACAUCCUGGUCUUUAUAAAUCAGCUCAAUCUGCGAAGAUCAAACAAUACAGCAAACUGCACCGAGGGCUUAAUCGCAGCAGAAGACAUUAAUGACCUGACCCCUGCAAUCUAUGGCCCGUCCCAGUUAGACCUCUGUUUGGGUGACCGUGUGCUGAAAGACAAUGUGCUCCAACUGGGAGCUCUUGCCUUUAAUCCUACUCAGCUGGAAGUUCUGAAAAAGAGACUAUUGAAGAUUUAUCCCAGUGGACUACCUGAAAACCAGAUUCAACUUUUGGGCAACGUAUCAACAGUGUUCAAUGUGACAGAAGUCAGCAGCUGGAAUAUCACUCGAAUUGAGACACUUUCUGCAUUAAUGAAGCAACAGCUGGACAACACAAUGAUCAAAUCCAUUGUGAGGAGAUAUCUCCAGUUAGGUGGUGACCUGAAUGCAGUUUCUUUGAAAUCUAUUGGGGGAGCCAGCUUAUGCACUUUGGAUGAACAGCAGCUGUUGACAAUUUCAAACUUGACGGAUGCAGGAUCACUGGAUCUUUCUACGUGCACGCAGUCAAAGAAAGACUUGCUUUAUCAACUAGCGUUCUCAGCAUUGAGGUCUCAGCAAAGUGACCCGAUCCCCUAUUUCCAGCUGAUAAAGGCCUAUAUUGGUGGUGCUGCAGCUGAUGAUCUGAAGUUCCUCGCUAACAACAGCAUCAACAUGGACUUUGAUACCUUCAGAGGGUUGAAUCCCGAAGAAGUCAGGAAACUGACUUCCCAGGAUUUGAUGAACCUGCUUGGAAUUUACCUUCGGGAUCUUCAGCGUGGAGUGAAUGAAACUGUAGUGGUCGUCUGGGUGGCCUCACACACCGAGUCUGAAGUGAGGAGACUGGGAUUGACUGGAGGAAUUCCCGAUAAUUCAUCAGAACCCCGACCGACUGAUAGGCCUGUUAAUGCGACAGUUAAUGAAACAACGCUGUGCCGAGCCGUGAACAGUUCUACUUUGAAUAAUUUGCUGCUUAGUGUUAACAAGACCCAACUGUGCAAUUUCAACAUUAAAGACUACGCAUGUGCUCGGACUGAUCUCCUGCGUUCAGGUUUAAGCAGUGAUGCCUUGACAAGUAUAUUUCAGUGUUUUGUUGGUCCAAAGGCUCUGAACAGGUCAGAUGAACUGGCACUGACCACGUUUGUUCAGAAACUUAACAGAAGCACUUUGAAUGAGGCACUGGACAUCUUCAACAACAAGACCCUGAACACAUCAUCGAUUCCUUUGAUGACAAAGAUCACGUUCGUGAAUGCUCUGUGGGAAAUUGUGAAGACCAAUGAAAAUUUAACCGACCCAGAUUUCCUGAGGAAAUGGUUCCAGGAGAGAUUCAGGCCUUUCAUUGCUGGCAUUUCUCAGUCAGUUCUCUACCGCCUUCUGAUGAGGAACAUAACCUGUGAUGGUUACCAAGCUGUCACCAAAGGCCUGAGCAACGGAUUCAGCGAUAUGCCACGUGGAACACGAGAGACUGUGCUGAGAAUUUGGAUCCUUGGUUACCUCAACGCUUCAGAAUUCCCACUUCGCUGUUAUGAAAACAACAGUUUUGUUCUGUACGUGGAUGUCAACUUCCAAAGAUUUGGCGAGUUACUGACUCUGUCAGAAGCAUUUUCUCUGCUCCCUUCCAAUCGUGUUGCUGAGGUGCUGGAUGUCACUGAUCCCAGCGAUUUGGCUGGUGCACUGAGCAGGCCUGGCUUCAUUAAUGACAACAAUAUACUGACUGCAGUCUUACUCCAUAUCCAACCCAUUCAGAACCUGGCUACCUUCGUCGAUGAAUUUAAUCGACAAACCCAAGACAAUCUGCCAGCUGCGAAUCGAGUGGCCAUCAUAGAGGGUCUGUGGCCUCAGUUCAUCAACAGCCUUCCUGUACUUAAUGACACAGAGAAGAAUGCAUGGCUUAAUGUCAGAUUAUCUCCAUACCUCCCAUUUAUCACCACCCGCCUCUUGUUUUCCAACAACACAUUGAGAGUCGGGUGCCUUUCCUACAGAAAAAUUGUGCGAACUCUGAGUGCUCGUUACAGGAGUUUGACCUCAAACAAACAGAAGGAAAUCUACAAUGGCAUCAAAGCUUACCUACAGCAAGGUCCCAAACCCAAAUGCUACGAUGUGAAUGAUCCAGUCCUGAACUCCACUGCUUGGUUUGCUCAGUAUCUGGGAUUGUAUAUGAAUCAAAUUUCCCUGAGCGAUCUUCAAUCUUUCUUUGAUAAUGAAACACAGCUUCAAGAAUUUUUGGUCGACCCUGAAAACCUGGCACUUCUGGAAAAUCUGACACUAUCCACUGAAGUUUCAAAGUUCUACCUCCAGUUGCUGCUUGCUAACAACCCGAAUGUCAAUGUUUCAAGGCUACCAAACUCUCUCGUUUGCUUCAUUACUGACACUGAUCUGCUUCAGUCCUUGGACACACAGCAAGUCUUGUCUAUCGCAGCAGUAAUAAACCGAGUCUGUGGACUCAACGUGCUGCCAAACACAACGUCGAAUGGAACAGCACCAGCUGAAGAUCCAACAGAUGAACAACUGAGGUCUUCAAUAGCUAUAGUGAGCAAAAUCGACAACUUCACAGUCAGCACUUUGAAUACUCUGGGACAAACAGCUGUUGGACUGUCAGUGUCACAGGUUGGAAAUAUUGACGGGGAGACUCUGCAGAAUGCACUGCCAAGCCUGGGUAAAGUCAGAGGCUGGAAUGUGGGCCAGGCCAAUGCGAUUGUCAUCAGGUUACUGAGAAAUGGCUUUCAGGUCGGUAACGCCGACAACCUCCUGGGGCUGGGAAGCUUGGUGUCUGGUAUUCCAAGUGGCGUGUUCCAAGACAUCAAUCCUCGGGUGUUCAUCAAUGUGAUCUCAAAUCCAACAUUUGUUGAGAAUAUUGGAACAGCGCCACAGUCCAUACAAACCAUAUGUGUUUUGCAGGUGUUGCGGAAUGUGGAAGACCCUGUACAAACAGUGAAGAACAUUCCAUCUGUUCUGGCCAAAGAGGUCCCCCCUGUCCUGUUAAACUCAAACUUAAGCCUCAGUGACGUCAACGACAAGCAAUGGGCUCCCAGUCAGGCUGCAGUGUUCUUUGAAAAUGUGGUCAGAAGCAGCAACAAUUUUAAAGAAUUCUCACCUUCUGUCCUUCAAGGCUUCAGUUGUGGUGCAGUUAAGGAGCUGAAUUUUACAGCGUUUCUCCAGCUUGUUCAAGCAAUGAAGGGGAAAGGGGCCAAGUUUGAUGAAAGUCAGCUGAGGUGCAUGUCUGCAAGACUAACUUCGAACAGAACCACACCAGCCAUAGAGACUCUCCCUGUGGAUGUUCUCCUAUUCUUCAACUCUGCACAGUUCAGGAGUUCCUUCAACUGCCAAACAUUCUUCAAAUUAGUUGGGAAAUCAAAUAUUGACGUCUUGAGAAAGGGAUCAAGAAGAAGACGGAACCUGUUAUAUGAUGCCAUGACCUGCUUGGGAAUUUCUGGCAGGAAUCUGACGAAGGAGAGUGUGACAAUCCUGGGUAAAUUGGUGUGUGACCUUGACGGAUCCAUCAUCGCAGAAUCUGAUAUUUCCAUCUUGGACGCAUUGAAAAUAUGUCGCUCAUACAGUGAGGAUCAGAAGAGAGCCAUUGAAGGUCGCCUUAAGAGUGGGGCCAGCAGAUAUGGUGUUCCUUCGUCAUGGUCAUCAUCGACAAUCCAAGAUCUUGGAAACCUUCCUUUGACAUUGACUGACACAUGGACUCUAAUAAACAGGGUUGUCCUUCUUGAAGCUCUUCCAAGAUUUAUAAAGAAAGCGAAACGUUCGAGACCUCCUUAUGACAUCCUGGUCUUUAUAAAUCAGCUCAAUCUGCGAAGAUCAAACAAUACAGCAAACUGCACCGAGGGCUUAAUCGCAGCAGAAGACAUUAAUGACCUGACCCCUGCAAUCUAUGGCCCGUCCCAGUUAGACCUCUGUUUGGGUGACCGUGUGCUGAAAGACAAUGUGCUCCAACUGGGAGCUCUUGCCUUUAAUCCUACUCAGCUGGAAGUUCUGAAAAAGAGACUAUUGAAGAUUUAUCCCAGUGGACUACGUGAAAACCAGAUUCAACUUUUGGGGAACAUAUCAACUGUGUUUAAUGUGACAGAAGUCAGCAGCUGGAAUAUCACUCGAGUUGAGACACUUUCUGCAUUAAUGAAGCAACAGCUGGACAACAUAACGGUCAAAUCCAUUGUCACAAGAUACCUCCAGUUAGAUGGUGUUCUAAAUACAGUUUCUUUGAAAGCUAUUGGUGGACCCAGCUUAUGUACUUUGGACAAAAUGCAGCUGUUGACAAUUUCAAACUUGACGGAUGCAGGAGCUUUGGAUCUUACUGCGUGCACGCAGUUAAAGAAAGAUUUGUUUUAUCAACGGGCAUUCUCGGAAUUGAGGUCUCAGCAAAGUGACCCAAUCCCCUACUUCCAGCUGAUAAAGGCCUAUAUUGCUGGUGCUCCAGCUGAUGAUCUAAAGUCUCUUGCUAACAACAGGAUCAACAUGGACUUUGAAACCUUCAAGGGCUUGAAUCCUGGUGAAGUUAAGAAACUGACUUCCCAGGAUCUGAUUAACCUGCUUGGUAUUAACCUCCAAGAUCUUCAGCGUGGAGUGAAUGAAACUGUAGUGGUCAUCUGGGUGGCCUCACACACUGAGUCUGAAGUGAGGAGACUGGGAUUGACUGGAGGAAUUCCUGACAAUUCAUCAGAACCCCGGCCUGAUGAUAGGCCUGGUAAUACUACAGUUAAUGAAACAACGCUGUGUACAGGUGUGAACAGUUCUGCUUUGAAUAAUUUCCUGAUCGAAGUUAACAAGACCCAACUCUGCAAUUUCAACAUUAAAGUCUAUGCCUGUGCUCGGACUGAUCUACUGCUUUCAGGUUUAAGCAGUGAUACCUUGACGGAUGUAUUUGGGUGUUUGAUUGACCUGAAGCCUCUGAAGAGGUCAGAUGAAGUGGCAUUGACUGUCUUCCUUCAGAAGCUUGACAGAACCACACUGAAUGAUGCACUGGACAAGUUCAGUAGCAAGACCCUGAACACAUCAUCGAUUCCUUUGAUGACAAAGAUCACGUUCACGAAUGCUCUGUGGGAGAUUGUAAAGACCAAUGAAAAUUUAACCGACCCAGAUUUCCUGAGGAAAUGGUUCCAGGAGAGAUUCAGGCCUUUCAUUGCUGGCAUUUCUCAGUCAGUUCUCUACCGCCUUCUGAUGAGGAACAUAACCUGUGAUGGUUACCAAGCUGUCAUAAAAGGACUGAAUAAUGGUUUCAGUGAGAUGCCACAAGAAACAAGAACUACCGUGUUAAGAGUGUGGAUCUUUGGUUACCUGAACAGCACAGGUGCUGCUUGUAUCGCAAACACCAAUGGGUCCAGAGAUUGGCUUCUGAAGAACUGGGGCAGAUUCGGUCAACUUGUUCAGAUAGAUGAUUUAACCAGGCUGAAUCCAGACUUCAAUGCACUUGAUGCAGCAGACUUACUGACACCUUCCCAACUUGGAGAAUUUGCUGCAAAGAACAGAACAUUGACCAACGUUGAGGACGUGGAGAGGCUUUUCAACAGUAUCACCAGCGCCACUGUUACAGAGUUUAUUGAAAAGUUCAGAACUGCUGCCAAUCAGAACAACGUGGUUUUCACGCCCAGUGUCCGAUUGGCUUUACUGCGAGGAGUUCUGGAUCGGGCACAGCCAAUUCUUUCAAAUGCUAGCAGCGGUGAGAUCCAGAUCUGGUUUGGCAUGAGGUUACAGGUACUCCUCCCCGGACUCACAGCAAACAUAGUGCCUUUAGUAUUUGCUACGGAGAGCUGCAAUGGAUCGCAGAUCAUUGUCUCAACACUGAGCUCAAUCAAACAGCAGCUGACUGCGAGUGUGCAAGAAACUAUAUUUCGAAAUAUACUGGCUUAUACUAAAGAAAUCCCUCUCCGCUGUUAUGAAAACAACAGUUUCAGCCUUUACCUGAACAGCCAGUUUGGAAAUUUCUCAGAGUUUCUAACUCUGUCUGAUGUGUUAUCACUUGUUCCUUCAAACCGUACAGCGGAGGUGUUUAAUACUGCUGAUCCCAGUGAUUUUGCUGAUUUGUUCAGCAGACCUGGGUUCAUUGAUGACAAUGACAUUCUGAAAAUGGUGUUAAUGAAUUACCAACCCAUCCAGAAUCUGGCAACAUUUGUGGAUCAGUUCAAUCUAAGGACACGAGACAUGAACUUGACAGAUGCUAACCACGCUGCCAUCAUUCAGGGUCUGUGGCCACAGUUUGUUAACAGCCUGUCUAUACUCAAUGAUACAGAGCAAGAUGCAUGGCUUAAUGUCAGACUAAGCCCCUAUCUAUCUUUCAUCACCACUGACCUCCUGGUUUCCAACAGCACGCUUAAAGUCCAGUGCCUCCCUUACAGGAGAAUUGUGAGAACUCUGAGUGCUCGAUACAGUGACUUUACGUCAAACAAACAGAACGAAAUCUAUAAUGGGAUCAAAGUAUACCUGCAACAAGAGCCCAAACCAAAAUGCUACAAUAUGAACGACCCAGUCUUGAACUCCACUGCCUGGUUUGCUGAAUAUCUGGGACUCUUUAUGAAUAACGUGACAGCAACUGAUCUUCAGUCAUUCACUAGCAAUGCAUCAAUUCUUCGAGACUUCGCAGCAAACCCUGAAAACCUGCAACUUUUAAACAAUUUGACAUUGCCUACUGAAAUCUCAAGGCUGUAUGCUACAUUCCUGUUGAACAACAACCCUAAUAUUGACAUCUUAAGUCUUCCAGAUUCUAUUAUUUGCUUCACUGCUGGUACGGAUGUAUUGGAAUCUUUGAGUGGAGAGCAGACCUUGUCUAUCAUUGAAAGGGUAAACCAAGUCUGCGGGUUCAGCGCAUCAUCCAAUGAAACAUUAUCUCAAACAACUAAUGAACAGAUCAAGCUCUCAAAAUCAUUAGUGAGUAGAAUUGACAACUUUUCGGCCAGCACUCUGAAUAAUUUGCAGCAAACAGCAGUUGGGCUCUCAGUGUCACAGAUUGAAGAAACUGAUGCAAAUAAUUUCAAAGAAUCCCUGACAACUUUGCGUAAUGUCAGAGGAUGGAAUCGUGGCCAAGCCAAUACCAUUGUGUCCAAGUUAUCCACUAGUGGUGUAGAGUUCAGAAACACAAACAAUCUGCUUCAACUUGGAACCUUGGUACAGGGUGUUCCAAGCAGGGUGUUUGAAAUUAUUGAACCCGCAGUUCUUGUCAAUGUGACUUCCAACCCUACGUUUGUCAGAAAUAUUCUGGUAGCACCACAACCGUCACAGCAGAUUAUUGUUCUGAAGGUUUUGCAGACUGAAACUAAUCCUUUAAGAAGAGUGCAGAAGAUUCCAAGCGAACUAGUUCAAGAGAUCCCACCUGUGCACCUGACCGCAGAUCUCAAUCUUAAUGAUGUCAAUAAUAAACAGUGGGUACCAGAACAAGCUUCUGUAUUCUUUGAAAACAUCGUAAGAAAGAAUAAUAAUUACAUCAGAUUCUCGCCUUCUAUCCUCCAAGGUUUCAGUUGCGGUGCAGUCAGAAACCUGAAUUCUGUGGCGUUUCUUCAGCUUGUUCAAGCAAUGAAGGGUAGAGGGGUGGUGCUUGAUGAAAGUCAGCUGAGCUGUAUGUCAUACAGGUUAACCUCUACUGAAACACCGUUGGUCAUAGACACCCUCCCUGAAGACGUUUUGCUGUUUUUUGACUCUACUGAAUUCAGGAGUUCUGCAAAUUGCAAGUCAUUCUUCAGAGCUAUUGGAAGAUCAAACAUAAAUAUCUUGCAAAAAGGAUCAAGAAGACGACAAAGGCUGUUGAAUGGUGCCUUAACCUGUUUGGGAGUUGGCAGUGGAGGUCUGACAAGGGAGAGUGUUACAGUAUUGGGUGAUUUGACCUGCGACCUUGAAGGUUCUGUUAUUGAAAACUGUGACAUUACUAUUUUGGAUACAUUGAGGAAUUGCAACUCGUACUCAGAAGAUCAAAUGAUUGCAAUUGAAAACCUACUUAGCACCAGAGCCACCAGAUUCGGUCCUCCUACGUCAUGGACGUCCCGUACAGUGCUUGAGCUGGGAAACCUGCCUUUGACAUUGACUUCAACAUGGAAUCAAGUGAACUCGUUAGUCUUUUCUGAAGCCCUCCCAAGAUAUAUCCGCAAACUGAAACGGUUUAGAAGGCCCAGAGACGUGGUCAGGUUUUUAAAACAGCUCAGACGAAGAAGAAGAAGAGCAAGGAGAGCUACAGACUGUACAGAGGGACAGAUAAUGCCGGAAACCAUUAAUGAGUUGAUCCCAGUAAAAUAUGAUGCAGCCCAGUUGGAAGCCUGUUUAAGUAAUGCUUUAUUAAAGGGUAACGUGGAGCAACUGGGGGCUCUAGACUUUGAUUCUGAUCAGCUUCAAGUUCUGAAAAACAAACUCAGCCAGAUUUAUCCCAGUGGAUUACCAGAAAACCAGAUUAUACUGCUGGGGAACAUAUCAACUGUGUUUAAUGCGACAGAAGUCAGCAGCUGGAAUAUCACCCAAGUUGAGACACUUGCUGCAUUAAUGAUGCAACAGCUGGAAAACACAACGGUUAAAAGCAUUAUUACAAGGUAUCUACAGUUGGGUGGAACUCUCAAUGAAGUUUCUUUGAAAGCUAUUGGUGGGCCAAACCUCUGCACUCUGGAUGAAAGCCAGCUGAUGACUAUUUCAAACUUGACGAAUGCUGGAGCGCUGGAUAUUUCCACGUGCACUCAAUCAAAAAAGAACCUACUCUACAACCAAGCAGCAUCUGAAUUAAUAUCUCAGCAAAAUAACACCAUCGCCUACUUCAACCUAAUCAAGUCAUACCUUGAUGGUGCCAGGGCAUCUGAUCUGGAGUUUCUUGCCAAUAAUGAUGUCAACAUGGACUUUCCAACCUUCAUAAAGCUGAAUCCUGAAGAAGUAGCGAAACUUUCUGCAGCGCAGUUGAUAGACUUGCUUCAGGUUAACCUCCCGGCUCUUCAAACUGGAGCCAAUGAAACUGUGGUGUCAGUCUGGGUGAGCUCACACUUUGAAUCUGAAGUGAGGCGUGUUGGAUUGACAGGAGGAAUUCCAGAUCCUUCGUCAGAUCCUCAAUUUAACUUCAUGUGUGGCAAUACUACAUUUAAUGAAACAGAUGCAUGUGCAGCAGUAAACAGUUCAGCUGUGAACAGUUUUCUGAUGUCUGUUAACAGUUCCCAGCUAUGUAAUUUCAACAUUGCAGAAUAUGCAUGUGCUCAGGGUAAUCUACUACUGGCAGGUCUAACCAGUGAUCACUUGACCUCUAUAUUCAAUUGCUUUACUACCUCGAAGACUUUGAAAAAUCGAGAUGAAAUUGCACUGGGUGUAUUCGUUCAGAAGCUGGACAAAACCACCCUGAACGAGGCGCUAGACAAGUUCAACAACAUGACCUUCAGCACAUCAUCAAUUCCAUUAAUGACAAAGAUCACAUUCAUGAACGUCCUGUGGGAGAUCGUGAAGACCAGUGGAAACUUAACCAUUGUAGAUUUCCUGACAAAAUGGUUCCAGGAGCGAUUCAGACCUUUCCUUGCUGGUAUUCCCAAGUCAGUGCUGAGCUGCCUUCUGAUCAGGAACACAACAUGCGAAGGUUACCAAGCUGUCAUAAAGGGACUCAAUAAUGAAUUCAGUGUGAUGCCACAGGCAACAAGAGAUACCGUGCUAAAUAUGUGGAUCCUUAUCUACCUUGAUACCACAGGUGCUGGUUGUAUCACCAACACUAACGGGUCCAGAGACUGGCUGCUGAAGAACUGGGGAAGAUUUGGUCAACUUGUUCAGAUAAAGGACCUAACCAUGCUGAAUUCAAAUUUCAGUGGAUUUGACGUGCUGGACCUACUCACUCCAAGGCAACUGUCUGAGUUGACUGUGAACUCGAAUACUUUGAGCAAUGCUGUUAAUAUCAACAAGAUCCUUGAUACACUUUCAAACAGACACUUUAGUGAACUGAGCGCCUACAUGAACCAUUUUGUCAAUGACACGCAAACAAUGGGUAUUUUAGCUAUUCAGAACGAAACAGUGAGGGAUUUGAUGCUAACAAGGAUCUUGCAACUGCUGAGACCCCACUUUCCACAAUUUAAAACCACAGAUUAUGCAGACUGGUUCCAGACUAACUUGCUGCUUCUGCUGCCCAGCAUUAAAGCUGAUGACCUUGCUCUCAUACCUACCAGCAUUUCCUGUGAAUCAAACCAAGCGAUAGUUAAAGGACUGGACAAAGUUUUCACAAAGUUAACAACGUCUCAGAUCACUAAUGUCUACAAACUGAUAUCGAAAUACCUCUUAAAGCAGCUCAAUUCAACAGGUUUUGCGUGCACUGUGAAUAUCACCGGGAGCAGAGAUUGGCUUCUCAAGAACUUUGGCAGAUUCCGUUCACAAGCUGAUUACAGCAAGCUAAUAUCACUGAACAGUGACUUUAAGGGACUUGAUGUUGUGGACUUACUGACUGUAAGACAGCUUGCCCAAUUAUCUGCUAGCAAUGGAACAUUGAAGGACUCACAGGAUGUGAAGAAGGUCAUGAAUAUCAUUACAGAUGUUACCAUUACACAAUUCAUGGACAUUUUCAGCUUUGAGGCAAAGCAGAACAGUGUAACCUUGGACCCAGAAGUGAGAUCAGCCUUACUGAGUGAAGUUCUGACCCGUGCUGAGCCAAUUAUUUCCAGUUCAAAUGAAACAGAACUCGAGACCUGGCUUGGAACUAGGCUUCAGUUGCUGAUACCGGCACUGAACAGAAAUUUGGUCGAUUUAAUUCUGACGAAUACAAGUUGCCGUGGAGCUCAAAUCAUAAUACGCACCCUGAAUGCACGGAUCUCUGAAUUUACGACUGACGUUCAGCAGCAACUGUACAACGGCAUCAGAACCUAUCUGCGCAAAGGUCCUAAACCAAGAUGUUAUAAUGUGAAUGAUCCAGCUCUGAAUUCAACUGCUUGGUUUGCCAAUUACUUCGGCAAAUUUCUGAAAUAUACAAGUAUAGGUGACCUUACAAUGCUCACUGACAAUGCCACAUUACAGAUAUUUGCCGCCAACCAGGAAAAUCUAAUUCUUUUGAACAGUAUUGAGCUUCCUGAAGAUGUCCAGAGGUUUUACGCAAAUGCGCUGUUCAAAAAUAUAGCCUUUAAUGCAUCAAGUGUUCCUGACAGCUUGGUCUGCUUUAUUGUUGGCACCCCAACAGUUCAAUCUUUAACAGCGCAGCAGGCUGAAAUUGUACUUAAGAAAGCAAACAGAGCCUGUCAAAAUCUUAGCGCAAACAGAACAACACCAACAGAUGAACAACUGCAGUUUGCAGUUUCCCUUGUGAGUAAAAUUGACAGCUUUACCCCUGAGACUCUCCGUAACCUCGGCCAAUCAGCUGCUGGACUGUCAACCACACAAAUUAAUAAUAUCAGUGACAACGAUAUCUUAGAAUCCCUGGACUCUCUGAGUAAAGUCAAUGGCUGGACCACGGGAAGUGUGUUUGCAUUGGUCAGGAAGUUGAUCAAUACCAGAUUUCAGGUUAACAACGCUACCAACCUCUUGAAAAUGGGAACCUUGGUAUCUGGGCUUUCAAGUGAUGAAAUAACGAAUGUCAAUAACAGUGUGCUCGUCACUGCUGUCAAAGACAGUACCUUUGUAGAAAAUAUAUUGCUUGCUCCUGAACCUGUUCAAGUACUUCUUGUCCAAAAGGUUAUUUCAUCUUCGAAUAACCCCACUACAGCUAUACAGAGAGUUCCCGAUCAGCUUGCAUCCAAGAUAUUUUUGCCUCGACUGAUUUCUAAAGAUAUCAGUCUGCCUCUUGUGAAUAAUAAACAGUGGAAACCUGAACAAGCCGCUGUGUUCUUUGGCACUUUGGUGGAAAAUUCGACCAUCAAUUUUGAUGAUGUUUCAGCCUCUGUUCUGCAAGGUUUCAGUUGUGCAGCGGGAAAUAUCUUGAGCAGCAACCAAUUCUUGAAAUUUGCUCAAGCCACAAAGAGUAAGACUUCACUAAGCCAAGAUCAGCUGAUUUGCAUGGCCAGAAGGCUGAAUUCCAGUGGAACACCAGGGAAGAUUUCUGAUUUGCCUGAGGAUGUCUUGCUAUUUUAUGGCCCUGAGACAUUCCCAAAUGAAAGCUGCGAAAGUUACUUCCGGGUAGUUGGACGUGCCAACAUUAACAUUUUACCUCAAGGAUCAGCAAGAAGGCAGAAUCUAUUGAGAAAUGCUCAAGCGUGCCUGAAAUUUUCCAAUGUAAAUCUGUCAAAAGAUAAUGUGACAAUCUUGAACAAUUUGACCUGCGACUAUGAGGGAGACAUCAAAACAGCUGACGUUUCUAUAUUAGAAACUUUGAAAAAUUGUGUCAAUUACACGUCCAGUCGACGGGAUGCUAUUGACUUCCUGCUUAACCAAAAUACCACAUUUGGUGAUCCCACCACUUGGACAGAGUCCACUCUGGAAAAUUUAGGGUCACUUGUCUUUGCUGUGAAGAGAAGUACAUGGAACAAAGUCAGCAAGAAUGUCAUUUUGAAAGGCUUGCAACGAUACGUGAGGAGACAAUCUAGAUAUCAACUCCAACAAAAACAAAACCUUCUCUCAGAACUCUUCCUGCAUACAAGAUCAAGACGUGCAACUGAAUGUACAAAUGGCCAAAUAACAGCAGAUAAGAUUUUUGAUGUGAUACUACCUGCACAGUAUAGUGCUGCUGAUUUGGACGCCUGCCUGGAUAAUAACAUCCUGAAGGAUCGACUGUCUCAACUGGGAACUCUUGCAUUUUCUACAGAACAACUUCAAGUUCUCAAAAACAAACUGAGUCAGAUUUAUCCAAAUGGAUUACCAGAAGAGAAAAUUCAGCUGCUGGGAAUCAUUGCUGUGGUGUACAAUUCUACCGAAAUCAGCACUUGGAAUAUAACCAAAGUGGAGACCGUUUCAGCUGUACUGCCAAACAGCCAGAAUGAUAUCACGAGAAAAGCUGUUGUUUCAACAUACUUGAAAGCAGGUGGAGUGUUAAACGCAAGUAUAUUGAAUAUGAUCGGUGGUAGCGUGUUGUGUCUUCUUGAUGAAAGCCAAAUCCAGGCAAUCAGCUCCACUGAAAUCAGCAACGCUUCCACAUUGAAUAUUUCGUCGUGCUCUCAGUCAAAGAAAAAGAUAAUAUACAACAAAAUAAAAAGCAUUAUCGAGAAACAAACUAAUGAUUCAGUCAUUUAUUAUAAUCAGAUAAAGACGUACCUUGCUGGUGCAACGACAUCUGAUUUACGGACUCUUGCUAAGACCACUACGAACAUGGACCCGAGUGUAUUCCUGACACUGAAUCCUGAAGAAGUAAAAGCACUCAGUCCUGGCAAUUUGAGAAAUUUGCUUGGAGUAAACCUUCAAACUGUUAAGGAUGCUGAAAAUUCCACAUUAGUCCAAAAAUGGAUUGAGCAGCAUACAGUAAGUGAAGUCCAGAGUCUAAAAAUUGGCUUGACAGGAGGGAACCCAGACAUAAUACCUCCAGACCUAAUAAGUAUCCAAGAAAUAGGUUCAUCAUCAUCUUCUAUCAACAAGAACUGUCUCCUAUGUACAAUCCAAUCUCUAUCUAUCAGCAUAAUAAUCAUCAUACUACAAAGGUGGUUAUAGUAGGGAAAGAGAGUUAUUGUCCUCAGCAGUAUCUGUAGUACACAUGUCAGUGAGGAAUUCAAUGAUUUCUGUGUGCAAAUCAAUAAUGCAUCCAGCUAAUGAAAACACAGUCUGAGUAUACCACUCACAGACGUUUACUGUAUGGCUUAAAUUAUAUGCUAAUAUUUUAAUUCACAAAACAAAAUCUAUAUAAGUUCUGCUCUGUAUAUUAGGAGAUGGUUAACUGGGAUCCUAGAACGAUUAAAAAGAUUACCAGAAUAUGAUUUUGAAUGAAUCAUGAAAGUCAUGCGAAGGGACACAAAUUUGAAGGAGAAACUGAAGAAUUGAUAUAAAGAAGCUCUUUAAUCAGAAUGUUAAACGUUUUUGAAUAACAUGCCACUUAGCCUACUGAAGAAUAAGUUCAUUGUUCAAAAUCAAUAUUUAUCUUCCAAUGGAUGUAAGAAGCUACCUGAGAAAUUAACUACAUUGGAUCAAAUGCCAUAUCUUGUUAUUUUACUCCUUUGCCAUAUUUUAUAUUUAAAAUGCAUUAAAGAUACAUAUACUAAGAUAUUGAUAUAUUUUUUCAGUAAAUAAUAAUUGAACAAUUUAUAUGUGAUAGGUGAAAUAAUUAUUUUUGUUCUGGAUGGGUGUGACAAUUAGUUUUGUUAAAAGAGCAAUAGAAAAAUUUGUGUUAAAUCUGAUUGAAAUAGUAAUUAAAUAAUUCAGGACAAUGAUAUGUAAAAACUGCAUUUAUCUGUCCUAAACUAAAAUGGAAAAAUAAAUUGAACUAUUGACUUGAAU